AACAAAGGUUUAUUAAGGGACGGAACAAGAAUAAAGUAGGACCGGAAGUUUACCACCCGAGUUGCGGAUGUGAAUUAAUGUUGUUUUCGCAACAAUUUGCUGUUUAAAACCAGUCGAAAAACAAAUGGGCUCAAAGGGACCUUCUAUGUACGCAGAAAGUCCUUCAGCAGACAUGUCUCGGAGCAUAGAGGAGGACUCUUUGGUGGAGGGACCCCUGAUCUCUGCUGAUGCCCUCCACUCUGCCAUCAGGAAACAGUUUCAGCCUGUACCAACACCCUGCCCAGCUGGCAUGCUGUCUCUGCUGCAUGUUCUGUAUGUUGUGUUGUCGAUGUGUGUGGCUCUGCUGUGUGUGUUGGAGUUUGGCCAAAAGGAGGUGUGUAUGAGCAUUUUGGGCAGUGUUCACGGCGACAGUGUCAUUGUGUUUGGGAAGGUGUUUUUGUGGCUUCUGGUGCUGUUGUUCAGUACCUGGAUGCAGCACCAACACAGUCGGGUCCGCAACAGAGGAUACUUGCAGUUUUACAGGGAGACGCGGAGGCUGAGACAACUGCCGUUUGUCAUACACUCAAUAGGAAAUGUUGCACUGAUGGCUCUUAUGGCCAUGAAAUUACCACAGGAAGUUCACAUCUACCUGCUAAUUGGAAUUCUGGGAUUGGAGCUAGUAGUUGCUGUUCCAUUUCUUCUCUCCUACACAGUCAAAGUGAUGCAGUUCAACAAAGAGCGAGCGGCACCAGACGUGAGCCAAGAAGACCUCUCACACACUUACAGCGUCACAGGCUCACCCACCGAGACUGGAUUCAGAGGACCGUCCAGCCUGGAGGAGGUGGUGGAGAAGCAGGCCGACCUGAUAGAGUACCUGAAGCAGCACAAUACGCUGCUGAGCAAGAGGCUGCUCAGUCUCACGGCUCAGCACUAACCGCAGCUUCAGCCCGCUGAUGAGGGCCUCCUAAACCUCAGGAGAAAGCACGUGAUGAUUUUACUGCUUCAGAAGAGCUGAGAGACUCACGUGAGCUGAUGCACCUGUACACAUGCACUGAUCCGCCACCUCACCUGAGAUGGACAGAUAACGCCGUAGGGGCGGAGCUAAAAAUGGAGGAUGUUAAGAGGAAAUGGUUUGGAGAAGGAAGGAGUCAUGGGUCACAGAUCAGAGGUGAGGUUUUCUAUCACUCCUCUAACCUCCAGUGACCCGUGGAUGCUGCUGCUUUUGUUGCUCUGAAGACAACGGAGUAAAAAGUUCAUCUGCCAGAGAGAGAAGCCAUCACUGAUCUGGGUUGAACCAGUGAGGUUUUAUCUGCUGUUUUAUUUGUCUGAAUGUGUUUUUAGUCUGAUCAGUCACUGAUUCUUUUGUUCUUGAGGGGGGUGUUAAUUGCAUUGUAAUAAAAUUUUCAACAUUC